AUGGAAGAUUAUUCUUUGAAGAUUGAUGAAAAUGUAAUUAUUGAAAUCAAGGAAUUCAUUGCUCCUUCGAUAGCUUUUUAUUAUGAAAACAAACAGGAAAUACUUGAUAUUGUCAUGGUUUUAUAUCAAAAGAAAGAAAAUUCUUUACAAGGAUUCUAUAAUUUAGCUUCGAUUUCUAUGAAAUUAAAUGAAGAAAAACCAAGAAUUUCAGAUAUUCUUGUUUAUCUGGGAACAAGAAACAAAAAGUUUUCAAUGAAAUGCUAUUAUUCAUCCAAAGUUUUGUCAAAUGAUCAUGAAUGUAUCAAAACUAUCUAUGACAAUUUCAUUUCAAUUUAUUUGGAUCAAUCUAAUGAAAACAAAUUCGAAAAUGAAUUCAAGAAAUUGUCACUUUUAUUAAUCAGUUCACUUCAAUUUAAUUCCAUAUUAUUUAAUGACCAAUUUACUCUAUUAUAUGGAGAGAAAUACAGAGAACUAAAUAUCCAAACGAUAAAAGAAAAGAUUUCUAAAUAUGACAAUGAAAUUGAAAUCACAAAAAGUGACAUCAAAUUGUCAGAAAAUUAUCAAUCAUUUGUUGAUGAAAUUAAGUCAUUUGAUGAUAUUCCAAUUGCUGAAUACAUCUCUUUAGCAUUAGGAGGAUUAACAAGCAAAUACAUUGAGUUAAUUCAAUCACAAACAGAAAGUCAAGAAAUGAAAUCCCAAGCCAAAUCAAUUUUCUAUAAAUUGAUUGAAAACUAUCAACAAAGUUAUUUCAUUACGAACUUUGUUUCAAAUGACUUGAUUUCAUUGUUUUGA